CCGUGCGGCCUGCGGCGGUCGCGAGCGCCGGGCGUGGCCCCCUCCCCCCGAUGCGGUGCACGAUGGUCGGCUCCGAGGCAGGGCUUCCGCAAGCUUCUGGCGGAAGGAGUUUGCACGGCGCCGGCUACGGGCCUACGGGAGCUUCUGUAGUUUCUCUGCGAUACUGCAGCUGCCCCGUGGUCAGAGAGCGCCCCUCGCCUCGGCCGCGCCCGGCUCCUCCCGCCUGCUCCAGGCCGAGCGCUGGCGCCAUGUCGGCCUAUCCCCGAAGCUACAACCCGUUCGACGACGACGCGGAGGACGAGGGCGUCCGGCCGGCGCCGUGGACGGACAACCGCGACCUCGCGGACUGGCCCGGCGCUCCCGCCGACCGGCAGCAGGCCCUGCGGCAGGAGGUGUUGCGCCGUGCCGAGGCCACGGCCGCCAGCACCGGCAGGUCCCUGUCCCUGAUGUACGAGUCCGAGAGGAUCGGGGUCGCCUCCUCCGAGGAACUCGUGCGCCAGCGAGGGGCCUUGGAGCGCACAGAGAAGAUGGUGGACAAGAUGGAGCAGGAUCUGAAGACCAGCCAGAAGCACAUCAACAGCAUCAAGAGUGUGUUCGGAGGGCUCGUCAAUUACUUCAGAACCAAACCCUCAGAGACCCCACCUGCGCAGAAUGGCACCCUUGCCCCCCAGCCCAGCAGCAGAUUGAAAGAAGCCAUAAGUACAAGUAAAGACCAGGAGGCACAGUACCAGACCAGCCACCCAAACCUCAGGAAGCUCAAUGACUCAGACUCCAUCCCUGGAGGGGCCGAUUCUGCCAUGAGCUCCGAGGCUUACCCAAGGAACCCGCACCUGCGCACCUGUCACCAGAGGAUUGACAGCAACCUCGAUGAGCUGUCCGUGGGCCUGGGCCGGCUGAAGGACAUCGCCCUGGGGAUGCAGACAGAGAUUGAGGAGCAGGACGACAUUCUUGACCGCCUCACAACCAAAGUGGACAAGUUAGACGUCAACAUCAAGAGUACAGAGAGGAAAGUUCGGCAGCUUUGAAGACGGAGGCGGAUUUCCACUCCAUCGUGAUGAAAAGAUUUGAAAGGUCUUCUUUUAAACGCCCAAGAAAUUUCAGUUAUUACUUUAGAAUGUGAUUUCACAUGUGUUUGCAAAUGUUGUAACAGAGUGGGUCUCAAAAGAGGUUUUGUUGUAGAGAAAGCAUGUGCCCCACUUCUCUGAGGGCCCUGACUGGAGGUGUGCGGGCAGAGUGGUGGUCAUGCCGGCCUCUGCUUCCGUCUGUUGUGCUUCUCGUCCCCAGGCCUCCGCGAGGUAGAGCGCUGAGGGCCAUGUGACCCGUGUUUGUGGGCAUCCUUCUCCCCCCGACCCCCACGAGCACAUUGUGAUGCUCUGAGCCCCUUAGCAGGCGUUUGAUUUUAGUGGGAGGGGGUUCAGACCAGCCCUGCUCACUGUGACGCCUGGAAGCACAUAGGGAGCUAGGUGAGCCCCGCUGCCCCUGCACAGGGUCAGGAACACGUUCUGCCCUGGCUGGAGGCUCCCUGGCCAGCUGUCUGAGGCCUGCAGAGCGUGAGAGAGGAGCAUCACACAGACAUGCUCCACCAAGCUCCCUGCCCUCAGGUCAUCUGGACCAGGCCCCCCAUCCAAACAUGUUUACUUGGUGCCUGGGGUCCCCUGGCCCAUCCAGGAUUCCCACCCACUCUUCUGUGCUGCUGGCAACAUGCCUUGACCCAUCACUUGAUUCUCUGGCCCCAGUUUUAGGACUGGAGCUCCACUAAUGACACUGACUGUGCACAGAAGGAUAUGGCUUUAAAAAAAGCCCAGAUGUUAUCAUUCUACCUGGCCUAGCUUGUUCUCUCUUCAUUUUACAAAAAAAGAGAAUCAUUUAAAAGUACUAAUUAAAAUUGAUUUCUGUACUUAAAGGAAUUUCUUGACGUUGGUACCUCCAACAAAAUAAUUGAAGCCACGAGGUCCUGGUCUUUUUAAAAGCAAAUAGGGGCUUCCCUGGUGGCGCAGUGGUUGAGAGUCCGCCUGCCAAUGCAGGGGACACGGGUUCGUGCCCCGGUCCGGGAGGAUCCCACAUGCCGCGGAGCGGCUGGGCCCGUGAGCCAUGUCCGGAGCCUGUGCUCCGCAACGGGAGAGGCCACAACGGUGAGAGGCCCGCGUAGAGCAAAAAAAAAAAAAAAAAAAAAAAUACCUUAAAAGCAAAUAAAUUAAAAUAUUUUGAAGAUGGUGAAAGGGACUGAUUUUAAUAAGACAGAUUAGGUUGGAAACCUUAAAAUCACAGUGCCUUUCACCCUGAAACCUGGCCCCGGCACGGUGACCUUCACCACUUUGGUUCAGUAGAAUAUAAACAAAGUCCCUUAAAGCAAAGGAACGUCUUUAAGGGGCAGCAGCAAUGCAACAGCGUUUAUGUAGCAAUUCAAAUAUAGAAGUUCCAUUCCAUAAUGCCUGACUUUCCUAAAAACACUGACAGCCUCUGUGGGCAGACACAUCUUUCUGUCAUGUUCCAGCCGCCCUGCGACUCUGACCCACAUCACUGGGAAUGUCACAGGGCGUUUGGAUGCUGUGGAAGGUAAUCAGACCCACAUCUGCUUAUCACAAGCCCAUCAUGGUUGUUUUCCUGGUAACUGGAAAAAGGAAGAAUUUUACAUGUCCACCCGGCCCACACUGAACAAGUUCACAGGGCUUCCAGCAAAAAGGCUGCUCCAAAGCGUGACACCAGGAUGCAGGGCAGCCUGGGGGUGCCCGUCCACCCGGCAUGUUCCAGGGUUUUCCUCCCUGACGCCUUCCUCAAUGGGUGUCAUGAUAACUGUUCCUGCUCCUUGUCCUCAGGCAUAGACACGUGGAGAUUAGUCAGCACGCCUAGACCUGAGCUUCUCCGUUCAAAUAAAUACAGACAAAGGCCACUUGCAAACACUGUCUGCAGCCCUCCUCUCACAUAAUGGGGUUAGUGAUUUAACCAAUUUGAAGCAAAGUAGCACCUUAUUUUGUGUCUUUUGUUGGAUUGAUGAAGCCCAUCACCACCACCCCCUUUUUUACCCCAAGCUGUGGAGGGAGAGUUGCCCUCACUCUUCUAGAAACGUUUCCCUCACACAUGUCUCCCCGUAUAUUUGGUUCUGUUCUUGUUCAGAUCCCUCAUUCUAAAGCCUGGGCCAAGGGCCUGUCUCAUCCUCGUGCUGGGCAGCAUCUCUGCCGGGUCCCCACCUGCUCCCGCACCCACUGAGGGCCAGUGGCUGCUGCUUCACACAGCAGAGCCGCUCACACUUUCAGAGAACAAAGCAGGACCAGAGGAGCCUCCAGGACCUGCGUGUGGUAACUGUGAGCAGAGGAAAACUCUGCCCUCUGGACGCACGUGUCAGGGAGAAAUGGGGGUACCCGGCCGGGGUUGUCCUUCUUGCCACAUGGGAUCCAGAAGACAGAUCUGGAAUUCCAUGGUCAACCUGGAAACAAACUGUGCCUUCCAAAAAGUGGCUUUUCUAACUCAAGGUUGGUUACAUGUUAAGUGUGCUCCUAACUUAAUAAGCGCGUUUUCCUUCGGAGGAACUUUUUAACGUAGUGAUUUGUAGUUAACAGUGGCAGGUUGCCUCGUGGACGUCUUUUUUGUGUUAUAUAGGAAAGGAGACCUGAAUUUACCUCAGGUGGCAAGAAUGGAAGUACAUAAGUGCUUUUUUUUUUUUUUUUUUGUGGUACACGGGCCUGUCACUGUUGUGGCCUCUCCCGUUGUGGAGCACAGGCUCCGGAUGCGCAGGCUCAGCGGCCAUGGCUCACGGGCCCAGCUGCUCCGCGGCCCGUGGGAUCCUCCCGGACCGGGGCACGAACCUGCGUCCCCUGCAUCGGCAGGCGGACUCUCAACCACGGCGCCACCAGGGAAGCCCACAUAAGUGCAUUUUAAUUUCUCUUUCUUUAACUUCUUUUUGUGAAUAUGUGAUUUUAAGUGUACACCACAGCAAUUUAGUAAAAAUCUUAUACUUUGCCUACAUAGGCCUUUUCUGCAGAAUUUUUAAAGUUACCAAUGUUGUUAAGCGUCUUCAGCUCUGAUGGGUGAAAUGUGUACAAAACGAUGAGCGAGUCAUUAAAAGUGCACAUGGGAGGAGGAGCUUCUGCUCAGAGUGUGUCAGAGCAGCUCUUGUACUUCAUGCCUUCAACUCAACAAAUGACCAUAUUCCUUAAAAUAAAAUGUGAAGUUGUUUUUUAAUCAAA